AGUAGCGUGGAGGCACUUCCCUCAUGAACCUCCCUUGAGGCUGUGGUGAUGCGCCAGUGAGCGGUCAGUGGGUGAAGGAGGGCAGCCUUGCGAGUGAGUCAGCCUUUUGGCUUCCCGAAGGGGGAUCGACUGCGAAUCAAAGCGGUUCGGGCGAGACAGAACACGCCUGGCUCGGAAUAUAUUAGUCCAGACCAGAGCGGAUUAGCACGGCUUGGCUUCGCGAGGAUCUCAAAAUGCACAGAUUAACGGGGAAAACGGGAGGAGACAGCUUAAUUGAGAUGAGCCCGACAGACUCUUUCAGCGAUGAUGUAAAUGGCUAUCACCAUCAUGCCUCAACCAGCUCAGGUUCGCUGGAGCAGGGACGAUCGGAGAUUGACAAGCAAAAAUACAGUAAGGACUCCGUGUUCUUCCGUGAUGGAGUGCGCAGGAUCGAUUUUGUUCUGUCCUAUAUUGACGAUAAAGACGAUCAAAGGAAACAGGAAAGGAGGAGGGUGUAUGAAUCCAACUUACAGAAAGUCGGCCUGGAGCUGGAGACAGAAGAUAAAACUGAGUCAGAGGAUGGAAAGACUUAUUUUGUCAAGAUCCACGCUCCAUGGGAAGUACUGGCCACAUAUGCAGACGUGCUGAAAAUCAAGGUUCCUUUCAAGGUCAACGAUAUCCCAGACAACAGCGAGAUCCCCAUGAACUGGCUGUCGACGCCUUUCCGUCUGCCGGAGCACAUCAUGAACCCUGAGCCAGACUAUUUCACAGCUCCAUUCAACAAGAGCAAGUCUGACUUCUUCCUUAUCGAAGACAAAGAGACGUUCUUCCCUCCUUCUACUCGCAACAGGAUCGUCUACUAUAUCCUGGCACGCUGUCCAUACUUUAAGGAUGAAUGUGGGGAUAGAGACAAGAAGGGAAUCAAGAGGUUGCUCAACAAUGGGACCUACACUGCUGCCUUUCCUCUGCAUGAUUCGAGGUACUGGACAAAGUCAAAGGAUCCCAACUGCGAAAGUGAAAGAUUCAAUCUCUACAAAUACUGGGCCAAAUUUUUUUGUUUCUUCAAGGAGCAACCCCUCAAUCUUGUGAGGAAAUAUUAUGGAGAAAAGAUAGGUAUUUAUUUUGCGUGGCUGGGUUUCUACACUGAGAUGCUGUUCUUCGCUGCUGUAGUUGGGACAAUUUGUUUCGUUUAUGGAUUCCUGACAUACGACGACAAUGAAUGGAGUAAAGAAAUAUGUAGUGAGGAAAUUGGAGGCAAUAUUGUCAUGUGUCCACUUUGCGACCAAAAGUGUACCUACUGGAGACUCAACAUAACAUGCAACUCCUCGUGGCAAUCACACCUAUUUGACAAUGUGGCAACUGUGUUUUUUGCCAUAUUCAUGGGGAUUUGGGUGACGCUGUUUCUGGAGUUCUGGAAGAGGCGGCAGGCGCGCCUGGAGUACGAGUGGGAUCUGGUUGACUUUGAGGAGGAGCAACAACAGCUGCAGCUUCGGCCAGAGUAUGAGACCAAGUGCACCAACCGCAAGCUGAACCGCAUCACUCAGGAAAUGGAGCCUUACUUACCCAUAACAAGCAAGUGUGCACGCAUAUGCCUGUCUGGAGCUACCGUCCUGUUGUGGAUCUCAUUGAUCAUUGCCUGCAUCAUUGGGGUCAUAGCAUACCGCUUGGCGGUAUAUGCAUCCUUUGCUAGCAUCAUGAAGAACAAUACCGCCACCAACCUGGACGUGGUUGCCCCCUACGUCACCCCACAGCUGGCCACUUCUGUCACUGCCUCUUGCAUCAACUUUGUUAUCAUCAUGAUCCUCAACCUGUUGUAUGAGAGAGUGGCUAUUAAGAUCACUGACAUGGAAAUUCCGAAGACCCACCUGGAGUAUGAGAACAAACUGACAGUGAAGAUGUUCCUCUUCCAGUUUGUCAACUAUUACUCUUCCUGCUUCUACGUGGCCUUCUUUAAGGGAAAGUUUGUCGGCUAUCCUGGAAAUUAUACCUAUAUGUUUGGAAGCAGCAAACUGAGGAAUGAAGAGUGUGAACCUGGUGGCUGUCUGAUUGAGCUGACCACCCAGCUGGUGAUAGUGAUGACUGGUAAACAGGUGUGGGGCAACAUCCAAGAAGCUCUCGUUCCGUGGCUGAUGAACUGGUGGGGCAGCAGGAAGGCACGAAGUCACCCGGAGAGUCUGUACAGCCGCUGGGAGCAGGACUACGACCUGCAGGGCUUUGGGCAACUAGGCCUCUUCUAUGAAUACCUGGAAAUGGUGAUCCAGUUUGGUUUCAUCACUCUGUUCGUUGCCUCCUUUCCCUUGGCACCCCUGCUGGCACUUAUCAACAACAUCAUUGAGGUCAGAGUGGAUGCCUGGAAGCUCACGACGCAGUUCAGACGCCCUGUAGCAGCCAAGGCCCACAGCAUAGGAGCCUGGGAGGAAAUCCUUGGUGGGAUGGCCGUACUCUCUGUAGUCACAAAUGCAUUCAUCGUGGCCUUCACCUCUGAUAUGAUCCCACGGCUAGUGUACAUGUAUGCCUACCGUACACACGAUGAGCUGAAUAUGAAAGGCUACAUAAACAACAGCCUGUCGGUGUUUAACAUCUCUCAGUUCACCCUAGAAGAAAGGCCUGAGGAAUAUCCAUCCUGGUUCAACAGCAGUAUCACAACAUGCAGGUAUCGCGAUUACCGCUAUCCUCCUGACGAUAAGAAGAGGUACGAACACAACAUGCAGUUCUGGCAUAUUUUGGCUGCUAAGCUGGCUUUCAUCAUCAUCAUGGAGCAUGUUGUGUUUAUGGUCAAGUUCUUUGUGGCCUGGAUGAUUCCUGAUGUUCCAUCUGACGUGAGGGCUCGAGUAAAGAGAGAGCGCUACCUGGUCCAGGAGUACCUCCACAACUAUGAAGUGGAGAAAUUGAAGAUCCAGCUCAGCCAGAACAGCAACAAUGAGUGCACCUGCACACCCAUGAUCUACCCAUCUUUAUCCAAACAUGAGGUGCUCUCAGAGUGCCUCUAGCCCAGCGAGCUGCUGGUCAGUCAGUCAGUGACAAAGAUUUCCCUGCUUGUGUUUUCUGAUACUGACCACCAGUUUGCUGCAAUGCCAUGACACUCGCUAAAGUGCUAGACCUCUUGUUCUUUACUCGCAGCCAUCCCUCUUCUGCUAAUCAAGCGAUAGUAGAAGAUCACACAGGUGAAAGACCAAGUCUCCAUGCAUGCUGAAAGUUUGAGACACUUGACUUUAAACGUCUGUUGCAUAUUUAUGAUUUCUCACUCUCUGUGUUCUAAUUGUGGUGUUGAGGAUGAUCAAAAAUUUGGUUUAAAGAAAGACAAAAUCUUAUACACUGUGUGUCAACCAGAGAGCUUUCUUAUGUUCUAAAUACAAGCCUAUUUAUUGUUAAGUGCCACUAUGAGUAACCAAAGAUUCAAUGCCUUAAUGUGUAAAGCGUAUGUUGUCAUUGGUGUGUCAGUCAAAUGAUAACUAAUGUAGUUUUAAGGCAGAGAGUAUGCUUAUUCUUGAAUAUUUUUUACUGUAUGUGCAGCUUUCUAGAGCCACACAAUAGAAAUUCAUGUUCAGCUCUAUUGUUUGUUUGUUUUUGUUUUUACUGUGAGCAUUGUUUAUUUCUCUGCAUCAAGGUCGCAGCACAACUUUACCAAAACUUUUCCCGUUCUUCACACCACUGGCAGUUAGAAGGCCUAGGCACAUUUUUUUGCUAUAUGCUCACAUUGGCCUCGACAGUUUCUGCAGGCCCAAACCUGACAUGUGAAGUAGCUACUUUGUUUUGUUUUUUUUAAAUGAAGAGAAAUCUGUGCUGCUGUUACUGCUGUGGCGAAGGACAGAUUUUGUCCUGCAGUGGCCAGUUUUUCAGCCACAGAAGCAGCAGCUGGUGCAUGUUGAAUGUUGACAGUGCACCCCAUUCUUGGAGAUGAGAGUGAAGAGAUCCCUUUUUAAUGUGCCUAUGUUUACCAACACAACAGAGCUAAUGAAAGCCAGCCCUCACCUACUGAACUAUGUUUGCUCCAUUACACAAAGCACAUCAGCCAUCACCGCCUUCUUGUGCUUCUGGCUUCCUCAGCCGUGUCUUUGUAGAGAAGGAAAGACACAUUGUUUUCUUUGGGUUUUUUUGCACAAAGCACUUAAUGAAACAUGACUACCGAGAUAUAAAUACGUCAACGUAAUUCUUGUCAUGACACUACAGAUUCAUGAGCAGUGUUUUGAAGUGUGUGCGAGUAACUGUUCCUUUAAAUGGAACGGGAGUCGUGCUGUAGGUAAGGAGUUUAAUGUUCUUUUAAAUGUUAACAAGAAGAUGUCGUUUUUGAUUAGAGAUGAUAUGAAGGACAUUUCACAUUACGUGGUUAUAUAGAGACAUGAGAAAUAUCUGUUACUGAAGUAUUUGAAUUGAAGUAGCUGACUGGUUGUGCUGUAGACUCUGUUCGAGGUGUAUUUACCUGUGACCACCUUACUGUUACAUUUUGCCUUACUUAUUAUGUCUUCCUAGUUGAACCAGUGCCUGUUAAUGCCUUAAUGCAUCUAAUACUUUCCCUUUUCUGUGUAAUUUCCCUUUAUUUAUCUUUCAUGCUCACUUUCUUCCCUCCUGUAUUUCAUUUGUUUUGCUAUAAUAGUUCAAAUGUCCAUGCUUACAGAAAAAGGUGAAGGAGUUUACUGUUUCUUUAUAGUUAAAUUUUUUUUUUCAUUUUCUUAUGUCAUUUUUGUAAACCAGUCCUAUAUCCAAAAUGUGUAAUGUAGCCAAAAAAGAAAUAAAGUACUAAUUAAACUUGA